CGAUUGGCUCUUUCGAUUUACAUUGCAUAAUUUUAAAUUCCUCCGCGUCCGUUACUGGCAUUGCAUCAGUGAGAAAUAUAACGGAGUUUGCUCCGCAGAGGGUAACGUGGGAGCGAAGCACCGGGAGCGCGGCUCGGCUCAGCUGGGCUCGGCUCGGCGCGCUAGCCGCCAGCUCCCAGCGUUACACCGCAGCUGCUGUUUCCGUUGCAACGCAGUGUGGGCGGCACUGGCUGCGCCCGAGGAGCGCUCAUUUUUAAAAUUUGAUGAUGUCAAUAAGUUUUUUUUUCCGCAAAACAGCAAUAGGAGAUGAGCGUUUGCAGAACCCGCCAGUAUUCUCAUGAGGCUGAGAGGAGGGGACGUUCGCCGUGACACCGACAAUCUGCCCGGCUCCCGGCUCCGGACGGAGGCUUUCACCGGCAGCCUGUGCAGUUUCACCGAGGCUGAAGCGAGUUACUUUCCUGUUUUCGGAGUACGAGCACAGAAUCGCAAUGAGCUGCCUGCCCAGCCCGCGGCUGCAGAUGUCAACGCUGACGGACUCGGCUUCUGCUGAACGGAGCGGCUUUGUGGCAUUUUUCUGGGAUCUAGUUUGACCAAAAAGAGUAGGUGGAGCAACCUACCCCCUGGCCCCCCCUCCCUCCCCAAAGCCCGGGGUCCGGGAACAAGCCUGGAGGUCGUUGCCCGCAUCAAGCCGUUCAUUUACAGUCGAGCAGCAGUUACAAAAUGGGCGGGAAAACGGCAAAAUAUUCAAAUAUUGUAUCUGUGUCGGGAAUACAGUAACUGAUUCAACUGCUAUCUGCCCUGAUGUUGUUUCGAAAUAUUUCACAAUUGUGGAAGUGAAAUACUAAAUCCCCUGGCAGGGUUAAUCGCAUUUUGAUAACUUUUAUGGCUGUGAAAUAACAUUGCAAGAAUCAUUUGAAACUGUUAACUUUGAGAUAGCCGGGCUAUCUUGUACUGACAUCACGUGUAUUAUAUUGAUGAGAAAAAGGGGCGGAUCGGGCAACGUCAUUACUAGGGAUCGCACAUCAAUUACUCUAGGUUAGUAAAUAGUACACACAGAGCGGGGCCGGAUUCCUCGUCUCCACCAUACCUGCUGGCGUUUGUGCUUUUGGGAUUUCGACAUUUUGAAGUGUAAAUAAUGGAAACAACUGAUGGAUCGGUCGGUGACAAAUUAACAAGCGCUGCAGCCAGAGGAGACUCGAAAGAAGUUAGUAUUUUGCUGGAAAACGGAGUGAAAGCAGACGCAAUCAAUAAGUUUGGCAGAACUGCUCUUCAGGUCAUGCAAAUGGGUCAUACUAUGAUAGCCAAAUUAUUGCUGAAAGCAGGAGCUAAACCAAACCAGCAAGAUCACAACGGAUUCACGCCAGCUCACGAUGCGGCCAGGGAAGGCUUCCUGGACACACUGAAAAUCUUGGUGGACUUUGGAGCUAACGUUAAUAUUGAAGAUUCUGAGGGCAAUCUACCCAUCCAUCUUGCUGCACAGGAAGGUCACACGGACGUGGUUACUUUUUUGGCAAAGGAAUCAAACCUCGCACUUAAAAACGAAAAGGGACAGACUCCGUAUGAGCUAGCCCAGAUGUACCAGAGGACAGAGACUAUGCAAUGGAUGGAACGAAAUUUGUAGGAAAAACGUAAUAAGCAAGAACACCCUUGUAGUAUUUAUUUUGUUUGUUGGCUAACACACGUGUUUAUUGAAUUUCAUUAUUUGUAAUUCUUCAUUUUUUUAAAUACUUGGGCUACUUGCCAUUCAAUGCUUUUUUUAAAACGUAUAUAUUUUUCACGCCAUCGUGCUAAAUUCAUUGUAUUUGUUGUACAUCAGUACUAAUAUAGAACCGGGCAAACUUUGUUGAUGUUCUGUUUCAUUAUAAGAUAAUGUCAAGGUUUGACGUGGCAGUGUAAGUUUUGACAUAAAACAAUUAAGUUGACACGAGGGAAUAAUUUAAAACGAUUGCAAUAGGCGGAUGAUGCGAAUGUCCUGUGCCUUCCCUCAGCUAUUGAACCUUGGUUUCUUCGGAACAUGCGGUUUUCAUAUUUUCAUAAACGACUGUGUUUCUAUGUUGUUUAAAAUGCCGAGCACGUCGUGUUUGUUUCAUUUAAGUAGCUUUAGUUUUCAUUGGGCGGCCAGUGAAGUAUUGCUUCCCGCCUGAUAUCACGCGUGAAUGCUGAGAAAUGUAGUCGGUAAACAUUAUUUAAUGUGUUUAUUUUUGUUUAACUAAAAUUAAAUUAUAAGCUUUCUGUUUACUCGAUGUAAAUAUUGCAUUGCUUUCAUGGCAUUGAAUUGUAUCAAAUAUCGGCUUCAUAAAUUAUAAAAGAUUUAACGGCUCUUUCGUUCCAAUAAAUACUUACUUGUGAAUGUAAAGGGUAUCUAUUUUUAAUGCUGUGAAUGGAGUAGCAUUUCCUGAAUUAAUUUAUUUCAUUACUGUGACAAAUAACAAGAAGCGUUAAAAUUUAAUAACAUCAAGCUUCCUCUAUAAUCCAUAUGUAGUGGGGCAUCCAUGCAAUAAAGUGUUUUCACAAAAGCUCUGAACAAAUCAAUGGAGGGUGUCUUUGAAAAGGAGUUAU